AUGCAAACACGUCUUGUUUUGGUACUGCUUGCCCUGGCUCCGCUCGUCCUUGCCAAGAAGUUCAAGGAGGAGGAAAAACCGGCUUGGGCCAAGAAGGAUAUACGAGACUACAGCGAGGCGGACAUGGAGCGUCUGCUUGAUCAGUGGGAGGAAGAUGAAGAGCCCCUUGAAGAUGAUGAGCUGCCUGAGCAUCUGCGCUCCCCCAAAAUAGAUCUGAACAAUCUGGACAGCAAGAGCCCCGAAGACCUGCUCAAGGUAUCCAAAAAAGGACGCACUCUGAUGACCUUCGUUUCGGUGACCGGCAAUCCAACCCGGGAGGAGAGCGACACCAUCACCAAGCUGUGGCAGACCAGUCUCUGGAACAACCACAUCCAGGCGGAGCGCUAUAUGGUCGACGAUAACCGCGCCAUCUUCCUCUUCAAGGAUGGCACACAAGCCUGGGACGCCAAGGACUUCCUCAUCGAACAGGAACGCUGCAAGGGGGUAACCAUCGAGAACAAGGAGUACCCAGGCGUCAACGCCAAGAAGGACGAACUGUAGGCCAGUUGCACAACUUCUUCAAAACAUUCUCAUGCUCUCAAGUAUUUACUUUUUAAGCUCAAAGUUGAACAAAUUUAAAUAAAUCGAAAAUUUAAAUAUAAUUUAAA